AUGGAUCCUUGUUCGGAGCCCACGGGGUUGAGAGAAGCGCCCACUUCGAGUUCAAACUUGAAACUACUUGUCGUCGUGCUUGGUGACCAUGACAAGCAGAACGAGCGUCGAGCAGCUAUACAGCAACUCGAUCCACGUUUCCACGAGCCAAUUACUCCGACUGACACCUCAAUCCUCUCUCAGCCCAUCGCCAAACUCAUUGAGAACGUUCACUCAGGCGAGCUCACACCUCUCACGGUCCUCACGGUCCUCACAGCCUAUACCAAGAAAGCCCUAGCCGCCCACGCACAAACCAACUGUCUCUCAGAAAUCCUUGUGGAGUCUGCGCAGAGGUGGGCUAACUCCUCCAAGUUCAGCGCAGAGAACUUGAAGGAGAAGAGGAAUUUGGAGAGCCUCCCGCUUGCAGGAGGGCCUGUAAGUUUAAAGGACACCGUAGGAGUGGAGGGGUAUGAUUCUUGUAUAGGGUACUCGGCGUGGGUGGGGAAGCCUUUCCCGCGUCACAGUGCCCUAGUCAGGCUCUUGCUCGAUGCCGGAGCCGUCCCCUUCGUCAAAACCACGAUCCCGAUCACGAAUCAACCUUACAACAAAGGAUACUCUCCAGGCGGCUCAUCGGGCGGUGAAGCAGCCCUCCUGGCGUACGGCGGUUCGCGCGUCGGUGUGGGCACAGACGUAGCAGGGAGUGUGAGGGUGCCGGCCCAUUAUUGCGGGGUCUAUUCGAUUCGGAGCUCGGCACAGAGAUUUUUGAAGGCAGGCAACGCAACAAGUAUGCCCGGGCAGGAAGGCGUGUCGCCUGUCUAUUCGCCCAUGGCGCGUACACUGGAUGAUCUAGACACGUUCUGGCAAGCCGUCAUGUCCAUGAAACCGUGGAAAUAUGAUCCUCGAAACGACCCGGGGCUCUCCGGGACAGGCCUUAAUCUCGCCGCUCAACUUUUGCUCGCUGACGGAGGCAAAGUCGCCAUUAAACCCGUUCGGUUCGGAGAGUUCAACGACCCAGGCAUGGUUCAGGCGAUGCGCAUGUUCUCCCUCCCGCGCCCUCAGUAUCCUUUACUCCUGGGAGGUGAUGGUGGGUGGGAUUUCAUACUGACGGUGCCAAAUGCGUUGCCCGCCGUACCGCAUGGAGGGAUGAAGGAUGGGUGGAAGUCAUGUGGAUACACUUUUCUGUGGAAUUUGCUCGAUUAUUCUGCGGGCGUGAUGCCCAUCAUGCACGUCAACAGCGUCCUUGACCGGCUCGCCCCUCGCUUCGCUCCCCGCAACGCUAUCGAGAAGGGCGCGUAUGAUCCAGUGAGCAUGAGCGGGCUGCCUGUUGGUGUUCAGGUGAUAGGUAGGAGGCUCGAGGAGUUGAAGGUCAUGGAGGGUAUGAAGAUCAUAGAGGGAUUGCUCACUAAGGAGGGCAUUCAGUAUGAGGGCAUCAAGAUUUAA